AUGAACAACAACGUCAACAACUGGCAAUGGGGCCAGCAUGCUGGUCCUGCUCCUCUUGGCGUCUUCUCUGCUAGUCCAAAUCGUGGUCAGCAUGGUGCUAACUACGACCGCAACGCUGUGAUUGGACCUUAUCGUUCCUACAACCUCGUCGUUCGAGAUUAUCUCGUUGGCAACUUGUCCACGUCACACUCACCUCCUAUUUAUAGAGGAACCUUCUAUGAACAUAGGGCUACCUCUACCAGCUUGAUUGGGGUAGCUAGCGGUACAACCGCCUAUCCUGCUCUCGGUACGGUUUCUGCUAACCCGACCAAUACCAAUGAAGCUGUGCGGGCAUUAAGCCGUCUAGAUCUUGAUGCGACUAAUCGUAGUCAAGGUCCUACUUGGGAAGACGCACCAAUGGACAUGGUAACAAUCUAUAUCAAGGGCGAGGAUGGUUCAAUAGACGGUCCUCCUUUUAACCUCCACAAGUCCUUCUUCACACACCUCUCGCCAUACUUCGACGCUGUCUUCAACUCUAGUUUUGCCGAAUCUGCCACACAGACUCUCCACUUUGCUGAGUCUAAUCGGGAGAUCUUUACUAUGCUUAUCGACUGGGUAUACAAGAAGCAGCUAAACACUCUUGCCGCCUUUGAGCUAGUUGAUCGCAAGAACCUUCCUGUCGGUAUUGGCUUAAGCACACUUCAGGGUAGCGACCUUGAUAAAUAUAUCACCAAGUCUCAAGCAACUGCCUUUGAACAUACCACCAAGCUUAUCGAUCUCUGGUUUCUUGCCGACAAGGUCUUGAUGCCGGAGUUACAAAAUUCCGCCAUCCAGUCCAUUGAGCUUCUCCGCUUCUUCACUCCGCUGCAAGGAGUUCCAGCAGAAAUCUCCCGUGCCGUCUACGAUAAGACACCAAAGGACUCUCCACUUCGCAAGUACCUUGCGUAUACUACACUUCGUCGACUCCAUCCUCAGUCUGAAGACAAGGGCGAGGAUUUCCAUCCUGAAAUGCUCGUAGAUAUCUUUGAUAUCGUCAAGGUAGCUGGAGCUGAUGCGAAGCUACGUCAUUACGGCUUAUCCGAGAAGGCUAUGGAGUCGUUCUUGGUGGAGGCUAAGGGGGGAAUCCACCUAAAGGCUAACCCUAACACCGUUGCGCCUCUUGCUGAUGACAUUUGGGUUAGUUUGUGGGAGGUUAGAAGAAAUGCUUUGAAAUUCUAG